AAAAUCUUACCGGCAUUAGGCAUAUACCCUAUUGGCCCAAAUACCUAAAAGUAGGACAAAUAUCAAUAUGUAGAUAUAUAUAUAUAUGACGAGCGAAGUCCACUAAAAGAAACAGAACAUCACAUCAUGUCUUCCUCUCGAACACAACCCUCUUCUUCUUCCGGUACUUCUUCUUCAGUUUGGCAACUCCAAUACAUGAAGGUCCACUUCUUCACCAAGAUUCGUUGCCUUUUGAAAUCCAAAGCAUCCACCCGCAAACGCAACGUUCAAGCCUCACCUGAGAAAUCAAGAAACCAUCAAGAUUCCGAGAAGGUGGCCGCCCUCCCGGAAGCAGUAGUAUCUAAGCAACCAGAAGAUGAGAAUGAGGAGGUUGUGUUGCAGAGAACGGUGAAGAAGCUUCACUUCGGAAGCUGGGAAGAGAAGGAGAAAGCUGCCAACGAGAUCGAGAAACUUGCCCGAGAAGACAGGAAGACUCGGAAGCUGAUGGCUGAGCUCGGUGUUAUUCAGGUUCUUGUUUCUAUGGUGGCUUCUAAUGUCUCCGGCCAUCAGAGAGCUGCCGUCAAUGCUCUUAUUCAGCUUUCUCAUGGAACCUACACGAACAAGGCACUGAUGGUGAGCGCCGGAAUAUGCUCAAAGCUACCUAAUGAUGUUGAAGUUCUCGACCAAUCAACAAGACAUGGCUUCACGGAGCUUCUGCUUUCACUUUCGUCUCUAACAAUCACACAAUUACCAGUUGCUUCGUCACGGAUUCUACCAUUCUUAAUGGACACAAUGAACUCAGACUCAACAGACAUGAAGACCAAAGAGAUGUGUCUAGCCACCAUAAACAAUCUCUGUCUCGUGUUGGAAAACGCAGGGCCAUUGGUCUUAAGCGGGGCAGUGCAGACACUCCUAAGCCUAAUGUCAGCUAAAGACUUGUCAGAGAAGGCACUAGCGAGUCUAGGGCAAUUGGUAGUGACUCAAAUGGGUAAAAAGGCAAUGGAGGAAUGUUUGGCUGUGCCCAAAGAUUUGAUAGAGAUUUUAACAUGGGACGAUAAACCAAAAUGCCAAGAAUACUCGGCAUAUAUCUUGAUGGUAUUAGCUCAUCAGAGUUGGAGCCAGCGCGAGAAAAUGGCCAAGUCAGGUAUUGUGCCGGUUCUUCUUGAAGUGAGCUUACUUGGGAGUCCUUUGGUUCAAAAGAGGGCGGUAAAACUUUUGCAGUGGUUUAAGGAUGAGAGAAAUGUACGGGUGGGUCCUCAUUCGGGUCCACAAACAGGUUGGGUGAGUCCUGAGAUGGGAUCUCCAAUGAGUCCGAGGUCAGGGGAAGAAGGUAAGAAGAUGAUGAAGAAUCUUGUGAAACAGAGUUUGUACAAGAACAUGGAGAUGAUAACUCGAAGAGGGAAUGUUGAUAUGGAGAGUGAAAGUUGUAGGCUUAAGUCUUUAAUCAUCAGCACAAGCUCUAAAAGCUUGACUUAUUGAUCUUUAUUUUGUGUUCUCAUAUUGCUAUAUAAAGUGGUUAGGGAGUGUCUUGCUCUGAACACAGAUUUACUUAUACAAGUGAAUUAAAAAGGGAGAAAAGAGAAGUGCAAUUGCCAAAAUAUGAAACGCUUUUAGAGAUCCAUUGGAGACGAGACAUCACCUUUUCUUCUCUUGUCGUAAUUCAGCUGAAAUCUGGAAAAUGCUAGUGCAUGGUCUGCUUCAAACACGAUUCAUUUCUCAUUGGGAUCAAGUUCUGCUUCUCAUCGUCGACAAAAAGUUAACCUCGACAAAUCCUGUUUUUCGAAUAUAAUAUUUUCAAGCUACCAUUCAUUACCUUUGGCGAGAGAUGAACUCGCAACGUCAUGGAGAAAUCUCUACUGCCCCGAGAACUCUCACCAAACAUGUUCGAAAUAGAAUGUCUUCAAUCAGGAUCGCGGAUUGGAUGGUUCAUUUCAGAAUCGGUUCGCUUCCAGAAGAAAUAUAAGUAGCUCUAAUAGUUAGAUUUCUUUAAGAACUUUUAUAUCUAAGUUGCACUCGACGUAAAAGCUUUUUCUUGUUUCAAUAAAUUUUGUAUUUAAUUAUUAAAACAAAAACAAAAAAAUGAAAUGCAUGAUUGUGCCUUUGUAGUAG